AUGCCUGUAUCUUCUACUGCGGCUCCUGCAAAACUGUCCGCGGACGGGACCAGUAGAGAUUUCGCCAAGGCUACUCCCGAAUCGCUUCAGACGUCUCCUAGGGGCCAUCCCAAAGGUGUUCAAACCGACCGCUCGGUCGCUGCUUUUGCUCAAGGGCUGGCUCAUGAAGUCGCAGUGGAGGUCGGGGAGUUCCUCGGAGAGAAGGAAGCGGACUCGGGUAUAGCAGUCGAUCGGGAAGCCUCUCCAUCCAAGCCUGACAAGAGAUUCUGCACAGCAUGUGGCCGACGUGCUACCAUUGGUGUUCCCAAAAACACCCAGACGGAGCUCUCGGAGGACGACCCCGAAGAUGGCGUUUUGUGGCCCAAGCUAUCAGCUUACCUUUAUAAGGGACCUACUAAGCAUCUUGCGAUGAAUAUGUCAACGCAAACGGAAUAUACUGCAGCGGGUGCAUUCCACGAUCUAUUUCAUGAUGUAGGGCAAAUAAUUAUGCAGACCAAGGAAGAGGAGAGCGAGACCUCUGGCGAGGAGUAUGCUCUGGACGAUUCCAAGUCAUCCAUCGGAAUUAUCAGCAGCCGCAAGAGGACGCUGAAUCGUGGUUUACCGGCUGCUAGCUCGAGCGACUCUCGGUCUCCUGUAGAGAGACGACAUGAAUCUUCUGCACAGAACCAUGGAGAAAAUGAUGCUGAGAUUGAUGACGACUGGGAGAUAUCUGAUGAUGAGGUCGAUGAUGCUGACGAUACCAUGUCGCCUUCGAAGCGACCCUCUAAAAAAUCCGAGAGUGCUCGGACCGUGUCCACUAAAGGUUCGUCAAGUACGGGAAGUGAAUGGAGCAGGAGAUGGCUUGGCUCGCUGACCUCACGUUUGAGUAGUACUGCCGCCCUUGGCAGCGGCCAGGAUCAUAGCAGUUGA